AUGGCGAACACAGCGCAGUGCCUGGCCCAUCGGCCCCGGCGAACCCCGCCGAUGUUCCGUCCAACACCAGCAGUUAUAACAAGGGCUGGAACUGCCGCUGGUCCGUCCGGACGGUUUGGCGCCCUGAGCCAGAUGUUCCGACGCAGCCGGGUUGCUCCCCUUCGGACCAGGUCCCCUGACCCCCCUGCACCCACACCGUCCCAGAGAACGGGAGCUGGUCGAGGGAAUAGGAAGAGGUGGUUCGCUUGUCCGUGGACCUCUCAAUCCAACAACGCAUCCAGGACUGCCGAGUCCAACAGAGCACCAAGGAGGAGGCCUUGUGUAUUAAGAUCCAACCGGGUUGGUCCCAUUGACGAUCAAGCUGCCAUGCCUUCAAGGGGACUGGGCAUGCACAGGGCUGCAGCUGGGGCCAACUUAGACCAAAGUUUGCAGGACAUCCUGCCUGAAAAGUCCCCACCGAAGCUACUAGGCCGCCUGGCGAGCCUUUUCAGCUGCUGCACCGGUAAGAGAGGCGGCCCAACGCUGGGAAGGUCUCCUGCCUCCAAUCCGUCUCGUCAGGAGACCCGAGAUCAAGAGGAGCCGGUAGGCCAGACCACCGAGGUAACGAGUCGGUCACCUUCCAGACAGCGCACGCAAGGGAGCGAGAAAGUAGGAUGCUGUCCCCAUGCCAGGCCGGCGACUGUCGCGCCUGCCAAGUCGCCUGUGUUCUGGGUCGGAAGUCGAGAUGAUAGCGCCCAGAGUAACCUUAGCGAGGGGGACGACAUGGGACAAGCACAGCCUACAGCAAGAGCGAACACCUUACGACACCAGAAUCAUCAGAAUCUGAAAACUGUGGCCCACAAGCAAACCAUUGCAACUGCCGAAGACAUACGCAAGGCAACUUUGGAACUGCUGAGUGGGUCACAAAGCAAGCCACUCAGUAAUGAGCCUCCAGAGCAAAUCGAGGACGAUGGUGAUGAAUACGCUGGAGCCCCUUCCAUCGUCGAGAAGGACCUGCGUUCUGUCAAUAAGGAGCGACGUGGCCCACUGAUUCUCGGCCGGGGACAGAGCGGAGUGGUCCGCCUAAUGCGGUACCGGAAGCCAGCGGGAGGCUCGUCACUGGUCGCAGUGAAGCGGUUCGUGGGGAGUUCCGCCCACUCUCACAAAGCCAUGGCCAGGGAGAUCAGGGCCCUGCGGGCGGUGGAGCACUGCCCCAUCUUCCCGAAGCUGGUCGGGAUCAUCUCGGAUCAGUCUUUUGCACAGGAGUUCAUCGGGGAUCCUAAGUCCCUGCAGACGCUGAGCAUAUUCCAGGUGAUCCGUCAACGGAAGCCGUCAAUCUCGGUCGGAAACUGGGCCUGGAUCUUGUGUGACGUCAUCAUGGGGCUGUCUGCUCUCCACCGAUCAGGCUGGGCCCAUUGUGACGUGCAGAGCAACAACGUGCUGCUAUGGCGAAACUGGAGUAACUCCGGCGAGUCCAAGGAGAGGUGGCACGGCCGGAUCAUUGACUUGGGGAACGCCAAGAGGUUGACGGGGCCCACCUCCCACUGCCUCACGCUGACGCCCACCGAGAAGGCCGAUUACUACCGCCACUGCAGGCAUAUCGCACCCGAGGUGGUGGAGGGGCUGGCUCCUUACGGUGUCAGGUCGGACGUCUUCGGCCUCGGGGUCCUGAUGUCAGACAUCGCCCACAGAAUCCCCGCUAUGUCCGGACUCAUACCGCUCGCCAAUGCGUGUUUAGUGGCCGGGCCCGAGCAGAGACCAGUGCUGGAUUCCCUUGUGAUAGAAUUGGACGUCUGGUGCAUAGACCACACUGGACAAGGGUUCUCCCCGGCGGAACAGAAUUACGUGUAAUUCAAGUUUCAGUCCUGCGCUUUGUCUUUGUCCUGGGCUACAGCUUUCAGUAUCAUCAAGACCCUCCCGUAAAAUGCAGCAUCAUCUGUAAAAGGUGUCUCAUACUGUGCCAACUGGAUUUUCUUUUGGUUCGAACAUAAUAAGCAGGCAUUGGAAGAUAAUUCUGUAGCCAAAGACUAAGACGAAGCACGAUUAGGAAAACUACCCAAGUCCAGUGGCCUUGUAGCAUAAAAUUUGGAUUUGUAGACUUGUACUCUUUCUAGGCUACCCUGUAAUUCAAAAAUAUCUAGGCUAAGUUUUUUGAUCACACGUGUCUGUAAGUUAUGAACUUGCCCAUAUUUUAAGCCAUAUUUCAUUCUCUGUUCCUUAAUGUAUUCCUUUCAAUUCCGAUUUUAAAACUCCACGUCCAAACCAUUUUAUACCCUCCGUUAGUUUGUGUUAAAACCCUACAGUUUGCAAGUAAUCGCAAACUUUGGGCCACUGGUCUAAGUUUGCAGGCUCUAUGUAAAGAAGAGAUGUCAUAUUGUAGGUUUACUUAAGUAGUGAAAAUGCAUCCAAUUGCUUGCUUUCCCGACUUUCGGUGCACAUUUAGAUGUGUGAGGUACAUGUACCACGCGGCAUCAUAGCCUGCACUGUACAUGUACAUCGUCCAGAUCUUUGGUUGAAAUAUAUAUUUUUUUUACACAAUUGGGAGGUGGAGGGUUGGCUGAUUCUGAUAAGCCAAAGGGCGUGAACCAUGACCUUGUAUUGAUUUGGUUGUCAAUUGCGGGACUCAACUUAGUUUCCAUCGCCAUUUUAUUUUUUAGUUUCCUUUUAAAAAUAUUUUUUAACGAUGAGCGAUAAUUUAAAUGUUUUACAAUUUCGUUUUUAAACUAGCAAAAAGGGAUGAUAUAAAAGGUUUCACCCCCAAACUUUGCAUGCAGACACAAAACGACGAUAAUGUUGAAAUGAAUUUGCCAAAGUGCCUUGAGCUAUAUUUUCCAUCAUGUACUGAAAUAGCAGACAAGAUUCGCUUUUUCCCCAGUUGUGGCGUCUUUUAUAUGCAAAAUCUAUCUCAGGUUUUAAAUGACUAUUUUCGCGAA